AUGUAUCCGCACGAGGAUCGUAAGCAAGCUGAUGAAGCCGAACGGCCCUUGAUCCAGGACCCGGAAAGCGAGGGAAAUCUUGGCCGGGGCCCCUCGUCGUCGCUUUUCCAAGUUCAACGAUUGAAAACAGCCCUUCUUAUGAUAGCACUUAUCCUCUCGUUGCUAAUGAACGCAUGGUGGCUUUUGGUUGAGCGUAAAAACGAUGCCUCGUCCAAGAAGCCGACGCCGUGGGAGACAUUUUCGGCCCAACGAUCUCCCUAUACUGGACUCGCCUUCGAUGUGCCAAUCCCCUACGCUCAUGAUACCGAGUACACAAGUUCCAACGAGACCCAUGCAGACUACAUGUGGGACAGCUUGAGUACCGAUCCGAUGAUCAUUGCUCCUACUCAGGAAUGGGCCGAACGCAUGAACCUUCCCAGCUCUUGGGAGUUCCCCUGGGAUUCAAACCGAAGGAUCUAUUUCGUCAAGGUGUUCCAUCAGUUGCACUGUCUGAAAGUCAUGCGUAGAUCAUUCCAUGAUUUGCAGGCUACUGGAGAAACCCCGAUACCCUCGGGACACGUCGAGCACUGCCUGGAUAGCUUGCGUCAAGACCUGAUGUGCACCGCGAACGACACUCCCAUGCCGUCGCUGGAGCUCUUGAAUGGUAGUGGUGAAGGCCAAAUGAUGCAAUGCAAGGACUUUGACAAGCUCGUCGCCUGGACGCAAGAUCCGGAGCGCAAUGCUUGCUACAAACGGUUAACCACGAGUGAUUUCAAGCCGAUCGUGCACAGUAUUGAGCGAUAUGCCUUUUGUCCGGCUGAUAGCCAGCAUUUUACCGCGAUGAGCCGGUAUUUCGAAGAGCAUGGGCAUUAUGCGGAUCCUUUUGCGGAAUAG